CUGAGGCUAUUUGUUGCUGCGCCGCCACCGCCCGAACCAUGGUCCGCGCUCCACUCGGGCUCUCUUAGCAGCAGCCGCCGCCGCCGCCCUGUGAUCGCUGGCUUCACUUCCUCCUUCUCUUCUUGCUGAGCCACUUUCCUCCUAGAGCUAUGACCGUCGUCUCCGUCCCACAGCGGGAGCCACUUGUCCUGGGUGGCCGUCUUGCGCCCCUGGGCUUUUCCGCCCGCGGUUACUUCGGGGCCCUGCCGAUGGUGACCACGGCCCCGCCGCCUUUACCCCGGAUCCCGGACCCCCGGGCACUUCCUCCCACCCUUUUCCUCCCUCACUUCUUAGGGGGAGACGGUCCCUGUCUGACCCCGCAGCCUCGCGCCCCAGCACCUCUGUCCAACUGUAGUCUAGCUACGGCGGGAGGCACCCCUCGGGCAGCACCAAAGAAGCGGCGAAAGAAGAGGGUGCGGGCCAGCCCGGCGGGGCAGCUGCCCAGCCGCUUCCAUCAGUACCAGCAGCACCGGCCGAGCCUCGAGGGCGGUCGGAGCCCCGCGACGGGCCUGAGCGGAGCGCAGGAAGUCCCGGACCAGGCCGCCAAUUUGGCCCCGGGUCCUGCGGCCGCAACCCAAACUGAGGAAGCGAGCCUUUUCCCUGGCCCGGUGCCGCCCGCGGUGCCCGGCCAACCCUCAUUCAGAAGAGAGGUUUUAAAAUCAAAGAUGGGAAAAUCGGAGAAAAUUGCCAUUCCCCACGGCCAGCUUGUUCAUGGUAUACACUUGUGUGAACAACCAAAGAUAAACAGACAGAAAAGCAAAUAUAACUUACCACUAACCAAGAUCACCUCUGCAAAAAGAAAUGAAAAUAACUUUUGGCAGGAUUCUGUUUCAUCUGAUAUAAUUCAGAAGCAGGAAAAAAAGCCUUUUAAAAAUACUGAGAACAUUAAAAAUAUGCAUUUGAAGAAAUCUGCAUUUCUAACUGAAGUGAACCAAAAGGAAAAUUAUGCUGGGGCAAAGUUUAGUGAUCCACCUUCUCCUAGUGUUCUUCCAAAGCCUCCUAGUCACUGGAUGGGAAGCACUAUUGAAAGUUCCAACCAAAAUAGGGAGUUGAUGGCAGUACACUUAAAAACUCUCCUAAAAGUUCAAACUUAGAUCUCAGAUUGCAGUAUGUCUGUAAAACAUUUUUUUUCCAAAAUCCCUGGACUCUUGAAAAUUGGUACAGAAAUGGAAAUUUGCCUUGUAACAUACAAGUGCAAAGGAGUUUCAAAAAUUACAAACAACUUGUAUUAUAUUUUAUAUUUUGUAAAUACUGUAUACCAUGUAUUAUGUGUAUAUUGUUCAUACUUGAGAGGUACAUUAUAGUUUUGUUAUGAAAGUAUGUAUUUUGCCCUACCAAAUGGUAGGUGUUUUGUAUAUAUACAGUGGAGAAAUUUUAAGUGUGCUAAGGCACAUGGAAGACCGAUUUAUUUGCACAAGGUACUGAGAUUUUUUUUAAAGAAACAGCUGUCUAAUCUCAAGGUGAAGAUCUAAAUGUGAACAGUUUACUAAUGCACUACUGAAGUUUAAAUCUGUGGCACAAUCAUUGUAAACAUGGGGUUUGUUUGUUUCUCUAAAUUGAUUUUUGCCUUCUAAUCUGUAAUUACUGGAAAACUCCUAUUCCCAUUUUUACCAAACUUAAUUUCUGGGUUUUGGUUUAUCCAUUCAAAUUUAAAAUACCUCUAAUUUUAAUGCCAACAAAAUUGGUUGUAAUCAAAUUUUUAAAUAAUAAUAUAAUUUGGCCCCCCCUUUUA